GCGCGUGUGCGCAUGCGCACUGUCACAUCCACAGCGGACAUCUUGGAAUUAAAGGGGCGCCGAGCGAAUCCUGACAAAAACGACGAUUCCAGGCCUCUGUGAGAUCAUGUCCAUGAUGUUGUCCCCUCGUGAUGAGAAGCUGGAGAAGCUGUCGCAGGAGGAGAUCAUCUCCAACACCAAGCUGGUGAUCCAGGGUCUGGAGGCGCUGAAGAACGAGCACAACUCCAUCCUGCACAGCCUGCGGGAGACCAUCAAGUGUCUGAAGAAGGACGAGGAGGCCAGCGUGGUGCACGAGAAGUCCAGCCUGCUCAGGAGAUCUGUGGAGAUGAUCGAGCUGGGGCUGGGCGAGGCUCAGGUGAUGAUGGCUCUGUCCAAUCAUCUGAACGCGGUGGAGUCGGAGAAGCAGAAGCUGCGCGCUCAGGUGAGGCGUCUCUGUCAGGAGAACCAGUGGCUGCGAGACGAGCUGGCAAACACACAGCAGAAGCUGCAGAAGAGCGAGCAGAGCGUGGCACAGCUGGAGGAGGAGAAGAAGCACCUGGAGUUCAUGAACCAGCUCAAGAAGUACGACGAGGACGUGUCUCCUUCGGAGGAGAAGGACGGUGAGCCGCCCAAGGACUCUCUGGACGAUCUCUUUCCUAACGAUGAGGAGGAACACACUCAAGGAAUGCAGCACCAGCACAACAGUGCGGCGGUGGCGGCGGCUCAGCAGGGCGGGUACGAGAUCCCGGCGCGGCUGCGGACGCUGCAUAACCUGGUGAUCCAGUACGCGUCUCAGGGCCGCUACGAGGUGGCUGUGCCGCUCUGCAAACAAGCUCUGGAGGAUCUGGAGAAAACCUCGGGACACGACCACCCCGACGUGGCCACCAUGCUCAACAUCCUGGCACUCGUGUACAGGGAUCAGAAUAAAUAUAAAGAGGCGGCUCACCUGCUGAACGACGCUCUCUCCAUCAGAGAGAAAACACUGGGCAAAGACCAUCCUGCUGAGGAGAAGGACGGUGAGCCGCCCAAGGACUCUCUGGACGAUCUCUUUCCUAACGAUGAGGAGGAACACACUCAAGGAAUGCAGCACCAGCACAACAGUGCGGCGGUGGCGGCGGCUCAGCAGGGCGGGUACGAGAUCCCGGCGCGGCUGCGGACGCUGCAUAACCUGGUGAUCCAGUACGCGUCUCAGGGCCGCUACGAGGUGGCUGUGCCGCUCUGCAAACAAGCUCUGGAGGAUCUGGAGAAAACCUCGGGACACGACCACCCCGACGUGGCCACCAUGCUCAACAUCCUGGCACUCGUGUACAGCGUGCUUUUGGUUAACGAGGUGAGCUGUGGUGAGCUGUGGGUCUGUGUUCGUCAGGGUCUGGAUCCGGUCCAUCAGACGCGUGUGGUGGAGCUCCUGAAGGAGGACGGCCGGCGCAGCAGAGACGGUGUGUCCAGCGUGAAGUACGAGAGCGGCUCUGAGGCCGGCGAUGAAGUGAGUAUGGCUGUAGAGUGGAGCGGGGAUGGCAGUGGUGUUCUGCAGCGCAGCAGCUCUAUCGGGCGUCUCAGAGAUGUGCUGCGCAGAAGCAGUGAGAUGCUGGUGAAAAAACUCCAAUUAAACGCACCUCCAGACACACACAACAAAAUGAAACGCGCCGCUUCACUCAGCGUCCUGAACAAGACGGGCGACGAGUCCUUCCAGAAUCUGGGCGGCCGGCGGCUGAGAGACAGUCGAGGAUUGAGCUCCAGUAAUGUGGAUCUGUACAGCAGCAGUUAAACCAGUCCCGAGCGGCUGUUACCUGAUAAAGCCAUCAAAUACGCCCUCGUCAGGGACGCACACUAGUGAUUAGGAGUAGAUGGUGUCUUCUGGGUGAAAGGGAACUUCUGCUGCUGCUUUACUGUGCUCUCACUCUAUAUAUGUAGUGUAUGUUGACGUGGACGCGUCUGUUACAGAGACGAUCGAAGCGAACGCUGCAGCUGUUCCUGGUGAGCUUCUGCAGCUGCUCGUCUUCAGAGCUCAUUUAUGGGUCUGUUUCUCUCUGAGGGAAGGAUUUCUUUCUUUUCAUCUAGGUUUGGGUUCAUAGUGGAUUUUGAAACUCAUUAAGAAAAAAUAGAAUUGAAGAGAACUUACUGUGCUGAAAUAAUGAAGAUCACAUAAUGAUCAGCACACACGCGCACACUCGUUCACACACACACACACACACACACACACGCACACUCACACGCACACACACUCAC